UACAGAGUUGUUACAUUCAAUCAGCUGUGUAUUUGAAUUUUUAUUUAUUUUUAUUCGCGCCAGUGAAGUAUCAAAAAUUAAAAGCACUUUUUUAUGUUGUAAAUAUACCAAAGUUUAGUAAAAUGUCCAUGUGUAGUGCUGCUGAAAUUGCGGAGAAACGUCGUAUAGCUUUGGAAAAAUUAGCCGCAAAGAAGCAACGCUUAGCUAACUCUGUAACUUCAGGAGACAAAUCCGGGAAUGCCACACUGCAUCAAAAUCGUAACGCCAUAGGUGCUAUUCCGACGAAUACCUUCUUUAAACAGCAACAUCAAGUACAGCAGCAAUCUACAACAAAUAACAAUCAAAACAAAAAGACUCCGCAACAUUCCGCGGGAGCUAUAAAUUUCUUAAAUGACUUAAAACGUAAUAACAUCGGCAGUUAUGCUAGGAAUGCACGCGAUCAAGCGCAUCCUUACCAACGUAAUACGUUGUCCAACAGCAAGCCGAAUGUUAGUGCACUACAUACGCCCAACAAUAGCCAACAACAACAACAAUUAGCGCCGGUUUUUGUUACCAAAGUAAGCUGCAAGGUGUACAUGGUGAGCAAUACACGCUUCGCUGUACAACCUUCAUGUUUCCAUGCCAAAUUGAUUGAUGUAUUCAAGAGUAUACCAUCGAAGGGAUAUGAUGGUACCAAACAUAUCUGGAGUUUUGGUUUGCAUGACUAUCAACUACUGCAAGAUCACGUUUCUGCUAUGAAUCCAGAAGUUGUUAUUGGCACUAUACCAAAAAGCGUAAUUGCGGUUUGUCGCAUGCCAGCUGUGGAAAUCGAACGCUCCUGCUUGUCUUCGAUUGAACCGAAAUUGGGGCAAAAACUGAUGCCAUUUCAGCAGGAUGGCGUUUGCUUUGCUAUAGCGCAUCAUGGUCGCUUGAUGAUUUGUGACGAAAUGGGUCUUGGUAAAACGUAUCAGGCACUGGCAGUAGCUGACUUUUAUAGAGAAUCUUGGCCACUGCUUAUAUGCACAACAGCCUCCAUUAGAGAGUCCUGGGCAACACACAUACGAGAGCUAUUACCUCGCAUACCGAUUCAUUAUAUACAAGUGCUAACCAACAAUCAACAAAGUUUGGAUGAUGCAAAAGUGCUUAUUACCAGUUAUAAUAUGAUGGAUCGGCAUGUGGAACAGUUAGUCCAACAUAAAUUUGGAUUUGUAAUAUUCGAUGAAUCGCACACUUUAAAGAAUUCAAAAACUAAAUGUGCUAUGGUAGCGGGGCGUCUGACGAAACAAGCGCGUCAUGUUCUUAUGCUGUCAGGCACACCAGCGCUUUCACGGCCUUUGGAGUUGUUCACCCAAAUUCAAAUGAUCGAUCGCAAGUUCAUGUCAUUUAUGGAAUUUACUUCUCGCUACUGUGAUGGCAAACAAACACAAUUCGGUUGGGAUGCUUCGGGUCAAUCGAAUCUAGAGGAAUUAAAUGUUGUGCUGAAGUUGAAAUUCAUGAUACGUCGCACAAAGGAAGCUGUGCUACCGCAGUUGGCUGAGAAACAACGCGAAACAGUUGUUUUGGAUCCAGCGCUUAUUGGCAGUAAAGAUAAGGACACAAGUGAUGAUUUAGAGACGCUUAGUAAAGAUUUUUCCUCAAGCGUAGGGCGUGAGCGCGAGCAGAUCCUUAUGAGAUUUUAUUCAACAACUGCUGAGGUUAAAGCGCGCGCUGUUUGUGCAUAUCUCAAAAAUUUAGUCAAAGAGAGGAUAAAAUUUAUUGUAUUCGCACAUCAUCGUGUCAUGUUGGACGCCAUUACUGAUUGCUUAAAUCAAUUGAAUAUUAAUUUCAUACGCAUUGAUGGCAGCACCAAAAAUGAAGCUAGAGCUGAAUACAUUGACGCGUUUCAAACAAAGCCGUCUUGCAUGGUGGCUGUGCUUUCGUUGCGCGCAUGUAAUGCAGGCAUCACGCUGACCGCAGCUGAAAUGAUAAUUUUUGCCGAGUUGGACUGGAAUCCAAGUACCUUGGCGCAGGCUGAAAGUCGCGCACAUCGCAUUGGCCAAAAUAAACCGAUUAUUUGUCGUUAUUUAAUGGCCUCUAAAACCGCUGACGAUAUUAUUUGGAAUAUGUUGAAAAAUAAACAGGAUGUAUUAAAUAGAGCUGGGCUCUUUUGUGAAAAUUUGCAAGAUGCUACGCAUACUGCAGCGCCAACGGGGUCGCACAAAAUCGAAGACUUUUUCUCGCCUGUGAAGAUGGAAAACCAGCCGACCACAAAGGUUAGUGUUGAGCCAAAUAAAGAAGUGAAAGAGAAUGAAAGUGCCACAAUUGCUACAGCCAAAAAUUUAGACAUGAGCAAGGAGUUGGAAAAUAUUGAAGAUUUAUUUAUGGAUGAUGAUGAUUUUAAGGAUUUAAUGUGUUGAUCCUGAAGGGGAGAAAAAGGGAAAGCGCAUGGAAGCGUGUUAUAUGCCUUUAAAUGCUACCUUUAUAGAGUACUCAUUUAUAACAACAAAUUUAAGUACAUUUUAUUGCUUAAGGAUUCUAUUCGUACUCACAUGUUUUGUCAUUAAAUAGUUUAAACCUUUUUGAAUGUAUCUAAAAGCUUUUAAUAU